AUGCUGGUGUCCAUAGUACAUGACUUUGCCGUGCUAUACUCAACACGAGUACUUCAAAACGACAAAAAAUGGAGCGACGGAAGACUUAGGUACUAUGAAUUCAAUAACAAGAUCGAAGUAGUGUCUGAUUCGAACGUCGGAGUAUGUAGUGACUUCUAUCCCCAUCUGGCGAAGCCGCCGUUGGAGAAUGGCGUGUUUGCAGAUGGAAACACCUAUACUUUACCUAGCGGCAAGUUGGUGGUACAAUUUUCAGAAUAUUUGGGGUGUACUGAGCGAGACAUCUCCAAGUUUCUUAAUAGUAGAAGUGCAGAAGUCACUGAGCGCCCCGUUAAUAGAGAACACGCUAAGGAGAGAAUAGAGAGAAUAACAAAUGAAAGAAGUCUGGAUGGGAUACUGAAGAUUGAGAAUGCUAAGUUCCGAAAUGUGAAGGUGGAUAAUGGGUAUGUUGAGAGCGGUAAAUUAGACACUAUAUUGACAAGUGUACUGGGCUCGUUACCACAGAGUGUAAAUUUCGAGAAGGUUUCUAAGGAGAAUUCGUUGAAGGCAAAAACCGAUUGCAGGAAAAUUAGCGAUCCAAUUCGAGUGGGCCUUCAACGUCCCAAACGAACCCGCCAAGUUGCAGUGACACAAUUUGUUAAGAGGUUGACGGUUGAAGAGAAGUUGUGCAUGCUUGAUAAGAAGCGGCACAAAAUUGUCCGAAUCCCAAGUGGAAGUAACAGACUGACGGUCAGAUUAUAUCGUGAAUUGGGAAUCGGAAAUGUCUUGAACGAGGCUAUUGUUAGCCCAAUCCCUAUGGCGAUCAAUGUUACUUCAAAAGGUACAGAUUCAAAAGAGGAUAUUUCCGAGGAAGUUGGCCACGCUUUAGAGGAACCCACAAAUGAAGUCAACAUAGAUCAUAAAGUCAACGAUGAAUAUGGCCACGAACUAAAUUCAGAUUUCGACGACGACAUUUUAGCAAUGGUGGAGCGGCUUAAAGAAAAUUGA